AUGGGCAACAGCCACUCCAACGAUGUCUCCCAUGCGUCGGCGCCCAUGAGCUAUGAACGGCCUUCCCUUUCACAUGCUCCGCCAAAACGGAAGGCCCACGGGAAGCCCCCACCAAACCCAGCGGCAACUCUCUUCUCCGCCAGCGGAACGGCUUCCACCUCGACGACCAGCACACAUGCCACUGCCACCACCCUCUCCGCCAGCCCCAAGCGCUCUCACGCCCGCGCCCGGAGCAUAACCACGGCCACCCCGCCGCACGCGGGCCUCGACCCGGCAUCCAUCUUCAGCAUCUCGCGCACUCAGCUCUCCGCCGCCGCCGCCGCCGCCGCCGACAACAACAGCACCACCACCAUGGGUCAAGGCGACAGCAAGCCCGCUGCCCCCUCACGCGCCAGCACCCUCCCCAUCCCUACCUCCACUCCGCCGCGUAAGGCCACCGCCACGCCGGACCCCGAGCAGCCAUCAGAGCCCCCGCCGGACUCGAAGCCGUCGUCGGCCUCACCAAGCACCAGACCAGUCGCCGUUCCACCACCACCCUCUGACACCGAUGGCCCCGCCGAUAAGGAUGACUACAUCCCCACCGGUCACCUCGACCCUGCGUCCUACACCUUGCCGGCCUCCAACUAUAGUCGGCCGCCUAGACUGCCGUUGCCUAUCGAAGAGGAGGUCCACACGCCGGGCUCCCCCAUCAUCAACCCGCAGGAUGCUGCGGCUGGCGUGAAGGAUGUGGAGACGUCAGUGCUCGAUCAGGCCGACGUGGAAGGAGGCGCCAUCCCUCGUAAGACGAGCGUGCUGAGCUCCACUACCAUGGACGAAGACGAGAUUGGCGACAACGAAGCAUUCGCCAAUGAGGCACAAUGGGGCGAGAUCCGCGUGCCGACCACGCUGGAGUGGCAUGGCCCUGGCGACAAGAUAUUCGUCACGGGUACCUUUUGCAACUGGGAGAAGAAGGUCAAGUUGCACCGGAACAAGGAUAAAUCGGGCUUCUCAGCCACAGUCAACCUGCGUCCCGGCACGCACCAUAUCAAGUUCUUGGUCGACGGAGAGAUGAUCACUUCAAAUGAGCUGCCGACGACUGUCGACUGGACCAACAUCCUCGUCAACUACAUCGAAAUCGUUGCCCCUCUGCCUCCCGCUCCGCAGGCCCAGAAGCAGGCGCCCGCUCCAGCCGUCCCGAUGCCGAUUCCUGGAGCCGCCAUCACUGCUGGUCAGGCCGCGGGGACGGUAGAGCUAGCGGCAAGACCAAUCUCUCAGGACAUGCAGACGCGGGUGCCCGAGACAGAAGCCGAUCUUGCCAUCUCGCCGCACGAAGCCGUAGGACCCAAGGGAGAACUUCCAGACUCGAUCGCAGGGCAAACGCCAGUCCCAGGACCAUCGGCCAGCCAAGAGCCACAGUCCAAGCCCGAGCCGAAGCCCACGCCUGCCCCGCCGAAGCAGAAACUGCCACGGCCGAAGUAUACUAAUCAGAUUCCAGGGUUUCUGAUCGACCUUGACAACUACAACAAUCCGGAUGACGAGCGGUAUCGGCGCGCUCAGCGGGUCGCGGAAUACCUUCCACAGCCACCCAGUCUGCCCAUGUUUCUCAGUAAGAGCAUCCUCAACGGCGCAACUCCACACAAGGACGACGCCAGCGUGCUCGUUAUGCCCAACCACACCGUCCUCAACCACUUGGCUACCAGCAGUAUAAAAGGCGGCGUCUUGGCUACCAGUGGCACCACGCGGUACAAGCGGAAGGUCAGCAUCCAAAGCAGUUCCAUGAAGCACUCUUGACUGAUUCUAUUUAGUUCCUCACGACCAUCAUGUACAAACCAACCUCAGACGACUGA